ACUGCGGGGGCAGCUCGGGGGAGACUGAUGGGCGCCUUGGAAGCCGGCAGGAUUGCGGAUGAGGGUUGAGUUCGGAAUAGAGUGGAGAUGCUGUAGGAUGGAGGGAAGUGAAGGAAGGGGAGGAGGAAUAGAGGAAAAUGUGGGAGGAGUGGUUGGGAAUUUGUGAGUAGCAGGCAGGAAGGGAUGGGAAGGCUGGGUGGGGGCUGCAGACGAUUGGACUGAGCGGGAAGGUUUGCAGGAAUCAGAAAUGGGCCGGGAGCUGAAGGAUUCAACGGGGGUGUCCAUUAAGGGGAACUGGUGGCUUGACAUGUCCUUUCUGCUCAGGUUCCUGAUGUCCCCCAUUUUUCUGGUGUUGUGUCUGAAAACGAAAGCAUCACUUGCCCUGGUUGCUAGCUUGAUCUUUCUCACAGGCCCAAACACGCAGCUGACUGCCAUCCAUCCCUUUUAGUGCCCUGGUCUUGAUUCAUCUUUUUAAAGGGGUUUAGAGUGGCAUUGUGACACACACAUCGUUCUUCCAAAUGAAAUGUUAGAAGUUAUCCCCAGGAGACACAGUGUCCCCUUGUCCUACGGUUUUCAGUUCAAGGUAAAUCCAGAGUUGAUUCCGAUUUUCCUUUUCUUUACCGACUUAACAUCUUGCUGAUCUCCAAAGCCAGGAGGACGUUGGUGGGUGCCAGCGUUAUAAAUGACUGGAUAUCCUUGAGAGUUAAUGGUCCCUGCAGCAUCAUGUUCCAGUUCUCCCACAAAGAUCUCGUGUCCUCCAUAUGCCGGUAGUGUAGACAGGGAAAGCCAAAUUCUAACCUUGUGCCAGUGAAGGGCUAAAAACCAGGGAACGAAGGUUGGAGGGGGACUUCCUGGUAAUACCUAGUUUAAACAGGAUGUUUUUGCUUGAGUGCUUUAAAGGUUCAUGAUCCUGGUAAUCACAGGGACACAUAGAUCCACAAAAUUCAUAAUUGAGAAUCUACCACAAUAUAGUGUAAAAGGAGAAACAAGAAAGGUCACGCUUAGCAGCAAGCCUUCCUUCCUCUAACCCAGCUACAGAUGGUAUCCCUGAGACACUUACUAGAGAUUUUGGUCCUUUGACCUUUAGGAGAAGAUUGGGUUCCCGUUAAGUGGAGUCGCUUUCUCCUGUGAGAUGUACGUUGUCUUAUUAUUUCGGACUCAUUUAAGAGAGAGGGCUUUUAUUACCUAAACUUUGCAAAUAUAUUCUGCAUCCACAAAAUUUUGUGUGUGGGUGGGGUCCCUCUUUUGCUAGUCUCAUGUUGGUUUGGAGAGAUUGUUAAUGGAAUCCUCACAGGUCUGAAAAGGCUUAGAUCUAGUACUAAAAUACACAUAUGCUGUAGGUCUAUUUUAUUUGAUGCUAGCCUACUCUCUUUACAAACUGUGGAUCUGAAUUAUUUCACAUACCUUUGGGAAAUGGUCAGUAGAGACACUUGAGAAAAGACCAUAGGCCUGUAUCCAGAAAGUGGCAGCUGAACUUUCAUUUUACUGGCAUUUAAAAGCUUUCAUAGAGGUUUGCAUUAUUUUCUUCACAAGCAUUUGUUGUUUGAGAUGCUCCCUUUGACAGUUAACUGUCAGUUAUGACCUGCAUUGCCAGUCUCACCUGAUUAUUUCUGCAUGGGUUUAAGUACUGGGAGUACAAGUGUUUCUCUUAAACACACACAUUGAUCCUUUGCCAAUGAAUGAAGAGUUGAGAGAGGUAGGAAUGACUGGUUUCUAACUGUGGUUUGAAAGGAGGUUGAUGUGAUACAUUGGAAAGUGUGGAACCUAUUCUAGUUGUGGCUGUUGCAAAAGAAGAUCUCGUCAGGCCACUGUGGAAGGGCUGGAAGGGCUGUUCUUGGUGCCCAGUGAACAUCUUUAUGUAACAAGUCAGGUUCACACCAGAGCUGGGUUGAAAUUUGAACUUACAUUGGUUGUCUGGACAAAAUCGAUGGAUUUUUUUUUUAACGGGUUCAUGUCAUAGAAAGUGAUGCCAACAAAUCCUGGGCAGAGUGAAAAGAGCUAAGUCAGUGUGGACAUUAUUUACACAUACAGCCAUAGAUUAUUCUCAGGUGUUUUAAGGAAAAUAGUUUUCUCCUAAGUUUCACAUCUUUUUUUCUUUUUCUUCCUUACCUACUUCCUAUCAUUGCCCAGAAAACACUAUUCCAGAAGUGAAAGGAGGGAAGACAUAGGUCAAAGGGCGAAGGAGAAUGGAGCAAUCCUGGCUGCACCAGCGUGCACAAAAAUUAACCUAAGAGAAGUGAUAAUCCUGAGGGCAACUGGGUGAAGACAGUGGAGAAGUUUGAUAAUAAAGAUGGUUUUGGACCAGACCCAAUCCCAUGUAGGGCUUAAAGAGAAAUAUUCAAGGGAACCCACACUACCGGAAGCAGAGGGAGACCCAGGAAAGAACCAGAAGUGCACAUUCGCUUCCAGUCAUAAAUCUCUGAGGGCUUCUAGGCUGAGGAAAAGGCAACUUUCCUAGUAGCAACACCAGCUGGAUUUCAAUUAAAACUGAAGCUGGACUUAAGCCCUUUCUGAGAAAGCAGAUUUUCGGCUCAGUCUGUUUUCAUGUGGUUGAUAAAGAAUUUAAGUGGGGAGGAAAAUUAAAUUUAGUGGUCAACAUUAUUCUCUCUUCUUAUCCCACCCACAUAAGUACUCAGUUGCAAAGUGCCCCCUCCCUGUCCCCAUAACAGAAUGGAAUAAAAACUGUUAGUUAAUAGAUACCUUUAAACCCAUCUGAAAUCUUAACCCAUAAAAAGUCCUUGGCUCUCUCCAUUCUUACCAUGUCCUAGGAAUGUGACCUCUGAUGGCAAGAUCAGUAACCUGAAGAACAGAAUUGAUACUUUGGGCUCAUUUUUUAAUUUAAUUACAAUUCUUACCAAGUACUUGAUUAAUUUUUUCCUCCCUGGCCAAAUUUAUUUCAGUAAUUCCCUUGUCUGAGACGUAUAUGGCUGAGGUUUCAUAGUUACAUCUUGUGACUUAAAGGCAGGAUUUUGAUGAGAUCUGGAUGGAUAGAUGUGGAAAUAUCACCUCUAAAGUACUUAUAGGUCUGGUUGGCUAGGUAGAGCUUACCCGAGAGCAGGCAGAUUGCUUCCAAGAGACAGUCCAGGAAAACAGCUCUGUAGCCGGCAUCUCGACACCACAGUAUUCUGGGUGACCGCUCUGCAGUAAUGCAGUGCCGUCUUUCUGGGCACUGUUGUUAUUCCUGCUGCAUAAUUAGCAACUAGUGAGAUCAUAGUCUGGGGAGAUUCUGGCAUUACUGAGGCAAAGCAGGGAGGCUUCGUAUCAUCACGUGUAGCUGUGGCUCUGACAGUAUUUCUGUCGAGCAGAUUCAUAUCCUUGGGAACUUAAGUCCAGAGACGGAGAAGGAGAAAGAUUUGUAUCCCAGACUCCCUGAUUGUGUGACAGUGUUGAAGACUACCUGCCAUAUUGAUGUAAACAGUAAAUUGUCACUUCUUUUGCUACUUUUUUUCCCCCUGCUGGUUUCUUUAUGGAGGGCAAUGGUGGGAAAGUGAAGUUUCCUUGCACAGAGGAUGAUGGUAGACCAGCAGAGCCCUAUUUUAUGGAGCAGUAUGAGAUUGGGAAAGAUUCUGGGUUUUGAAGCCAGUGCAGAUUCUAAUCUUCAGUCCAUUCUUUAGAACCAAAUUUGACCUUUUUAGGAGCCUGGUGAGACACUUUACACUUGUGAAGAUCUGGGUAAAGCAUUUCCCUGGCUGCCUAUGUACUUUGAAAUUGAGAGCCUAGAGCAGUAUUUCCCAGUGUGUUCCAAGGAUUGUUUGCCUCCUAAAAUACUCUGGAAAACAAAGGGUUCCAUAAUCAGGUGUGUGAAACACUGCAACUGUUUUCUCCUACCCUUCCCCAUGCUCAUUAGCAUAUUAAAAGCCUCUAAGAGUUCCUCCCAUAAGCAGUUUUCUAAACUAUUUUAACACAGAGGUCCUAUUUCCCUGUAAAAGCUAGUAAUGUCCAUGGAAUUCGUUUAUUUCAUUUACACACUUUGGGAAAUGCCAGGCUAUAUCUUCACUAGGAAAAAUAAUUGGAUCUAGUCUAGAUUUAGGCACAGCCUAAUUCCGCCUUUGAUCCCCAGUCCCUGCUACUGGCCCCUUGACGAGCUCUCCUGUGUGAUCAGAGGAGCAGCUACUGUUAUCCGUCCCGGCUAAUGAAUCCUAGAGCCCAGCUGGUUUGGAACCAAGGGCCUUCUCUCCGCUGGGAAAGGUGCUGCUGUUAUUCAUCUCAUUAUUCGAAGAGUGACAGACUGGAUGGGGCUGAGGGGAGACAAAAGUAGGAGAAUGUUGGCUGGAAUCGGUAGAGAAAUGACCUCAUCUCAAGAGACGAGACGUCAGCGCUAGCUCAGAAUCCUAAUGCACCUGGCUAGCUGGUGGUGAGCAGGGGCUUUGGGGCCAACGUGGUGGGCUCCCCAAGGAACCCCUUUGAAACCAAUGGAUGCAUUCACGGGCUCGGGUCUCAAGAGGAAGUUUGAUGAUGUGGAUGCGGGCUCAUCGGUUUCCAAUUCCGAUGAUGAGAUCUCGAGCAGUGACAGUGCCGACAGCUGCGACAGCCUCAAUGCGCCUACAACUGCCAGCUUCACACCUACAUCCAUCCUGAAGCGGCAGAAGCAGCUGCGGAGGAAGAAUGUUCGCUUUGACCAGGUGACUGUAUACUACUUUGCCCGGCGCCAGGGUUUCACCAGUGUGCCCAGCCAGGGUGGUAGCUCUCUGGGCAUGGCCCAGCGCCAUAACUCUGUACGCAGCUACACACUCUGUGAGUUUGCUCAAGAGCAGGAGGUGAACCAUCGGGAGAUUCUUCGUGAGCACCUGAAGGAGGAGAAACUCCAUGCCAAGAAGAUGAAGCUGACCAAGAAUGGGACAGUGGAAUCAGUGGAGGCCGACGGCCUGACGCUGGAUGACGUUUCUGAUGAAGAUAUUGAUGUAGAAAACGUGGAGGUGGAUGAUUACUUCUUCCUGCAACCUCUGCCCACGAAACGGCGACGGGCCCUGCUGAGGGCUUCUGGGGUCCACCGCAUUGAUGCCGAGGAGAAGCAAGAACUUCGAGCCAUCCGCCUGUCACGGGAAGAGUGUGGUUGUGACUGUCGGCUGUAUUGUGACCCAGAAGCGUGUGCCUGUAGUCAAGCUGGGAUUAAAUGCCAGGUGGAUCGCAUGUCCUUUCCAUGUGGCUGCUCCCGGGAUGGCUGUGGAAACAUGGCGGGGCGCAUUGAAUUCAAUCCAAUCCGGGUCCGGACUCAUUACCUCCACACCAUCAUGAAGCUGGAGCUGGAGAGCAAGCGGCAGGUGAGCCGCCUGCCAGCCCCAGACGAGGAGCCCUCCCCCACUGCCAGCUGCAGCCUGACAGGAGCGCAGAGCUCUGAGACCCAGGACUUCCAGGAGUUCAUUGCUGAGAAUGAGACAGCAGUGAUGCACCUACAGAGCGCCGAGGAGCUGGAGCGGCUCAAGGCGGAGGAAGACUCCAGCGGCUCCAGUGCCAGCCUGGACUCCAGCAUCGAGAGCCUGGGCGUGUGCAUCCUGGAGGAGCCCCUAGCUGUUCCCGAAGAGCUGUGCCCAGGCCUGACAGCCCCCAUUCUCAUCCAGGCUCAGCUGACUCCAGGCUCCUCUGUUCUGUGUUUUGCCGAGAACUCGGACCACCCAACUGCUUCAGCAGUGAACAACCCAUCUUACUUGAACAGUGGGCCCCUGGUCUAUUAUCAGGUGGAGCAGAGGCCAGUCCUGGGGGUGAAAGGAGAGCCCAGUACAGGAGAAGUCUCAUCCUCUUUCCCCAAGGAGAAGGAUCUGAAUGUCUUCUCUCUCCCUGUUACCUCACUGGUGGCUUGUAGCCCCACAGACCCAGCCGCCCUCUGUAAACCAGAGGUGGGGAAAACAUCCACGCUAGAAGCGCUAGUGCCCGAAGAUUGUAACCCUGAGGAGCUGGAGAAUGAAGACUUCCGCCCCUCUUGGUCCCCCUCAAACCUCCCCUUCCGCACGGACAGUGACGAGGGCUGUGCGGUGGAGAAGACCUCCCAGCAGAGCGAGGACCGGCGCUCUGAAGAUUCUUCCCUAGAACUCCCUUUGGCAGUGUGACACGGACACGGAGACGGAGACGCUGCCUCUUACCCAUUCUCUAUUUAUUCCCUUAUUUUAUCUAACACCAUUUCAAAACAGAACUCUAGAAGCAGCUGCUGCUCCCAUGUUAUUUUAUUGGGGUCUCUGGGGAACGGGUGGGAAAGGAUUGUCUGUACAAGUAUUUUUAAAGGAUAAACAGAACCAAGGAGACCAGCCCCAGGUUGAUCUGGGGACAGUCUUGGGCAGAGGCUGCGUAGAGCCGAGUACUGAGCUUUCUGGGCCAUCGGAACAGAGAACUAGGAUCUCACAGGAGGAACCAGGUGAUUCACGCAGCUAUUUUUUAUGUAGGGACCAGAACACACAAUUUGAACAGCAUGGGAAAGCCCCUUCUCCUCUCUUCGACUCCAGGUGAGGUGUAAGCUCCUUUUCCUGGGUUACUCUGAUACCCCAUUUUGGUGUGUCAUAAUAAUACAGUUGGAAAUGUCACCUCGUUAAAUCUAGAGGAGUGGGUAGAAAGGUCUCUGCUUCUGUACAAAACCUCCAGGACUUAUAAACAUUUAACCUGCUUUUCCGGACCCCUAUUUGGAAAAUAAGUUAAUAUUUGACAUGUUUGGUGUUCUCUGACCUGUUCCCCACAGUGGGGAUUCCUGGUCUAUAACUUGAAUUGUUUCUUUCUCAUGUUCUUAGGUACUAGAGUUUAAUUUGUCUAUUUGUCUUUUUUUUUUCCUUCCCUUCCGUCCUUUUUCCUUUAAAGAAGAGCUAGAUUGGCUGGGGAUGCGGUAUAAAGAGCCUGAGUCUUCUGUGUGGGUCUAUCUAGCUCUGUCAGGCAGCUCUCGGCUGGGCGCACCUGGCCCAUGGGAGGCAUAUAUGGAGCGUUAACUGUGUCCAAAGGAGGCAGUAGGAACAGGCUGCUGUCUGGAAAGAUGAUUUAAUUUGUGCCAUGCUUGCUUUCACCCAGGUUUUUUCCCAUUUUGGGAGAUUUGAGCUUUAAAAGGAAUAUAGGAUGUGGCAGUCUAAGGUCACCAACUAGUUUUUGUUGUUUUUGUUUUUCCUAUGUCUACUCUUGUGGUCCUUCUUGGAUAUACAGGGUUAGAAAGUUCUUAUACUAUUCCAGUUCACCCCCAAGAAUUGCACAUACUUAUUGGACUCCUCCAUGUUGAUAAAAAUUGGAAGCCAAACCAAUUCUUAAAUGCUACAUACAAAUUCCAGGUUCCAGAGAAUUCCAGUUCUGAUGGUAGCCUUUGAGGUCUAUAGAGUGGGACCCAAAAGUAGUUCUUACCUCCAUCAGGAGGAUAUGGUUCCUGUUCCUUUUAUGUCCAGCUUAUGUUCCUGGAUGUGCUCCACUGAACACCACUGAAUUCUUUUUAUUAGCAAAGUUAUCUUUGCCUCUGUUUUCAAAUGGAGGCAGUAGGGAACAAAAUACUCUUCUCUAGCAUCCUUUAUGCCAUGCUUCGCUUCUGGUAUGAUUUAUGAACCAGGAAAGAACAAAGUGAAAAACUUUUGGUGGGGUCACAACUGUUCCUACUUACCUUGCGCAUGAAGAUACUAAGGCCCUGGUGUCUUAAAGCAAACUUCAUGUAUGUCACAGCAGCAUUUCACCUAUAAAAUCUCUAAACUGAGCCUGAAAGUCUGUGUACUUAACAGAUACAUCUUUUAACCCAUUCUGCCUCUCCUGUUCAUUCCUGUUUUGCUGGUUUUUACAUUUGGAGGAAUCCUUAAUUAAGUACAUAGGUCUUUAUUCUCUGUCCUCUAGCCUCACAAAACAGAGUUGAGAGUCUUAAGUACCUGAGAUCUGGAUGCUAUCCCAAACUGAGCUGCACUCCCCCAUCUUAGAUUGAAGCUUAAUUGGGAAUUUGACUCUGUGGAGAAGAAUCUGAAAGUCUAUGUUGGAAGGGGAGGGUGAGCUCUCUACAUUGCCUCCUUUGGAAGGAUUCCUAAUCUAGAAGUGGAUUCCAGCCGCUCAGUAAGAAACACAUUAGCCUUUGGGAUCAAACCAAGAAUUUGAAUCUAAUUAUUAAACUCAUUGCCAACCCCCAAGAUAAUGAUUUUUCUGAAGAAACUAGCAUAUUAAUCUAAGUCCAUUCCUUCAUCAACUACAAUUCUGACUCACACUGAUCCCAAGCUUUUAAAUGCUAAAUACUAACAUUUAGCAUUAACUGUCUUGUCAAGUAAAGGGCCUUUUCUACAACCUAGUCCGUUUCAUUUCUGGUGCUACCUGAGUUGGGCAGAAUUAUAGCUCAUGGUUGCUAGAAAAGCUAGGCCUCUGAUUCCAGAAGCAGAUAGUUUCAAUAUGGUUCAGUCCAGUCGUAGAUAAAAUAAAUGACUUCUUACUGCAACUCUUAUUCUUUUCCAAUUUCCUUUCUCAUAUACUGUACACAGGUGGUAUUUUCAAUGUGAAUCCAAAGCUUGUCUGGUCCUCUGAAAACUUUUUUUUUUUUUUUGCCUUUUAGGGCCUUUACAUUGUGAUAAUGCUGUAUUUAAAGAGAAUAUUUAAAUGUAAUAUUAAAGAAAUAUUCAAAAGAAUUAUGUGUUAUUCUUUAUCUUGGCAGGCCACAAUUCAGUUACUUGUUUGAAAAAGGAUGCUUCUCCAACAUUGUAUAUAAAACUAGGUCAGUUAAGGGAUUAAUGUUAACAAUAGAAAUGUUUCAUGGUGGAAAAAGAGAACCUUCUCUGGAGCAUCAAGAGCUUGACUUGCAUCAUAUGCCCUUAUGCCCCUUUCAGCUGAUGCAGGCCUUGAUCCUGCCUCGAUGGAGCUUUUCCCUGUCUGCAGUCCCUUCUCUUGGGGCCCAUUUUCUAAUUCCAUACUAUAUACACACACACACACAUCCAGGGGUCCUAAAAAAAUGUAUACACAUGACUUGUAUUCAUCUUUUGUUAUUGGUAGAGAGUAUUAGAAUUUUAAUACAGUUUUUUUCCUUUCUUAAAAUGUGUAUACAUUGUUUUGGCACCCUCUGUGUGUAUAUACACAUGUAUACACACAAACAUUAUGUAUGAAAUUCUCCAUUCCUAGUUACCAUUUAAAAU